UUUCCGGGCUGGUCCUGGCUUUUCCAGGAACAGAACUGGCUCAUUGGGGCUGGGGUUUUGAGCCAACUUUUGCUUUCAGUUCCUGCUACUAGCCAAAAGGCAGGCAGAGCAGGCCAGUUAUCACAGUUACGGGGUAGCAGACCUAGAGGGAGGAUCCUGGGACUGGAGAGAGCUGCUGCCGCCUCUUCUAUCACCCACGCCGGUUUCUACCACAGGGAAGCAGUUCUUCCAAGCUGUGAAACAAAGACAUCUACAGCUCUGUUAGCAAUUCCUUCAGGUUGUGAGCCAUGUCUCUCAGCGUCCACAUGCCGGCUCCCAUCUGCCUGAUUGAGAACAGGGGAAAGAAGUUCAUCGUCUGUGAAGAGGCCCUUCAGGUGCUCUCCAAAAUUCACCAGCCAGUGGUGGUGGUUGCCAUUGUGGGAUGCUACCGAACGGGCAAGUCCUACCUCAUGAACAAACUAGCUGGCAAAAGCUCAGGUUUUCUGCUGGGUUCUACAGUGCAAUCAAUGACCAAAGGAAUCUGGAUGUGGUGUGUUCCCUAUCCCGACAGGCCUGGUCAAACCCUUGUGCUUCUGGAUACUGAGGGACUAGGCGAUGUGGAAAAGGGUGAUCCUCAAAAUGACACCUGGAUCUUUGCUUUGGCUGUGCUCCUCAGCAGUACUCUGGUCUACAACAGUUUGGGUGCCAUUGACCAGCAGGCUAUGGAUCAGCUUCACUACGUAACAGAGCUCACUGAGCACAUCAAAACAAAAUCUUCACGUGGGAACAAUAAUGGGGGACUGGAAAACUCUGCUGAGUUUGUUCGCUUCUUCCCAACUUUUAUCUGGGCCUUGAGGGAUUUCACAUUGCAGCUGGAGAUGGACGGGCACUCCAUCACAGAGGACCAGUAUCUGGAAAAUGCCUUGAGGCUAAAGAAAGGUGACUCCCAUGAUGUUCAGCUGUUCAACAUGCCUCGCAAAUGCAUCCGAUUCUUCUUCCCCACCCGCAAAUGCUUCAUCUUUGACCAGCCCACUAAUAGGAAGAACCUGCAUCAUCUGGAGUCGAUGCAGGAGAGUGAAUUGGACCCCGAAUUUGUGCAACAAGCCACUCAGUUCUGCCGUUAUGUCUACUGGACAUCCAAGGAAAAGACCAUCCCAGGCGGGCACACUGUCACAGGCUGCUUGCUGGCAAGCCUAGCAAAGGCCUAUGUGGACACCAUCCACAGGGGGGAAGUGCCUUGCAUGGAGAAUGUAGUGCUGAAUCUGGCUAAGGCUGAGAACCAGGCUGCUUUAGAUGAUGCUACUGCCCGCUAUGUGGAGCUGAUGGAGCAAAAGGUGAAGCUACCUACAGAGAUUGUCCAGGAGCUACUGGGGAUCCAUGCUGAGUGUGAGAAGGAGGCCCUGCAGGUGUUCAUGGCUCGUGCCUUCAAGGACGAUGAUCGUAAAUUCCAGGUUGAACUCAUGAAAACUCUGGACCAGAAGAAGGAGGAGUACUGCCGAAAGAAUGAGCAGCAAUCUUCAAAACUCUGUUGGGCUGCUCUGAAGUCAGUGUCUGGGGAGCUGGAGGACAACAUCAAGAAGGGGAUUUACUCCCAGCCUGGUGGCCACAAGCAAUUUGUGGAUGACCUGAAGAAAAUGGAACAGAGAUACCACCAAGAACCUAACAAAGGAAUAAUGGCAGAGGCAGUCCUACAGCAGUUUGUUAUGGAAAAGGAGAAUGUCAGCAGAGCCAUUCUUCAAAGUGAUAAAGCCCUCUCAGAGAAAGAAAAGGAAAUGGCAGAGGCCAAGGCAAAGGCUGAAGCAUUACAGAGAGAGCAGGAGAUCCAGAAGCAGAAACGGGUUGAGCUGGAACAGAAGGUGGAGGAUCAGAGACGGAGCUAUGAGAUGAAUCUUCAGCAGCUGAAGGAGAAGAUUGAGAGAGAAAGGGAAGAUCUAUUGGCAGAGCAGCAGAAGAUGAUGGAUAGUAAACUCAUGGAGCAAGAAGCUUUGCUGAAGGAUGGAUUUCAGAAGGAAGCUAAUCGAAUGAAUGGGGAGAUUCAGCAGCUGAAACAACAGUCUGAAAAUGUCAGCAGCCCACCUUGGUAUUCCAAUAUAUUGAAUGGCCUGGCAGAUGCUGUCACAGCUGCAUUGCCUGGUUUCAUCUCCAGAGGUGUUGAUGCUUUGAUUUGUCGUCUAACGAGGUCCUUGUAACCAAGUAGGAAAAGGGCCUUAUUUGGUGCCCUUCCUUUUUCCUGUCCUGGCAAUGGGUGCAAUGCAUGCUUGCUUGUUCAGCAAAACACAUAUCUUUUAAGGCAGGAAACUUGAGUCGAGCAACUUAGCAAAGCAAACAAGUCCAGCACACUGGAAAACAGUUUGAACUGGAGGACAAUAUUGUGCUUUUGAAGUCUGUUAGCUGAUGCUAUGCAGUUAUUUCACCUACAGGAGCAAAUCCAUGUCUACAAGGGCACGCUCAAAUUGCAGCCAAUUACAGCUCCUUGAGGAAUAUUUCUCUAUGCCACAUUGCUUUGCAAAUUUGUUCACUGCAUUCAUGCUUAAAUUAAUGUUGUGUCCAUAUCAAAACCAGGCUGUAUGAAGCUGGUCUCAAACCACUUAGGCUGUAUUUGCUUGGUGUAAUAAAACAGGAGUAGCCAACAUGGUGCCCUCCAGAAGUUGUUGGUCUCCAACUCCCAUGAGCCCUACUCAGGAGAUAUGAUGGAAGUUGUAGCCAGCAACAUGCAGAGGGCACCACAUUGCCUAUCCCUGAAAUAUAGUCAAACCAGAGGUGAGAUAUCACAUCUAUCUUUACUGUAGGCUUCAUACAAUUUUGGUGAAAUAUAACCACAAACUAACUUUGCAUAGAGAUAAAAUGACAACAGCUUGAACUACAGAAAAUAAAAUCAAAGGAACAAGGAACAGAAAGGGAUGCCUCUGUUCUUAAGCUAUUGCAGCCUAUAUUGCCAGGCCAUUGUCUCUCGGAGAUGCAGCAACUUCGUAUGUUCCACUCACCACAGCUCCUGCUUUGGACAGAACCACUGUCAAGGUUGAUCUCAUUUAGUCAACAUCUUUCAGUAUGCUUUUACACAGCAGGGUUAGUCAACGUGAUGCCCUUUAGAUAUUGCUGGACUACAGCUCCCAACAGACUUGACCAGUGGCCAUGCCUGCUGGGGCUGGUGAGAGUUGGAGUUCAAGAAAAAUACAGGAAGAGCCCUGCUGCAUUGGACCAAAGGCCCAUCUCGUCCAAUAUCCAUGUUCUAACACUGGCCAACCACAAGCAGGACACAAACAAAGUAGUGCUCUGUAUGCUCAUGUGCCCCAGCAAUGGGACUACUGCCUCAGAUACUGGAGGCAAUACAACAUCUUGAGGGUAGCACCUAGACCUGCCUGAUUUAUUAAGUUUUCUCAAACAAUGUUAUUGGCGACCAGAAUUAGGGUCCUGAGAGGCCGUGGUGCUCAUGAUCAGAUUAUGGUGUUAUAGCAUCAUAAUCUGUCAGAAAGUGUGCCACAAUGAAAAAGGCAUACUUUUAUUUAUUUAAAUAUUUCUAUACUACCAUAUCAUAAAAUACCAGAACAGUGUACAAUAAUAAAAAACGACAAAUAAAGUGACUGGCUAAUUAAACAGCUGCAUAGGCCUGUUGGCAUAAAAAAGUCUUCAAGAGAUGUUUGAAAGUCAAAAGUGAGGACAUCGGCCAAAUCUCUGCUGGAAGAGUGUUCCACAGCAUGGGACUGGUGACAUUAAAUUCCUGACUCUAAAUUCCAGUCUGGCCUCUGUAGCACGGGGAACAACUAACAGUGGUCCUCUGGAUGCUUUUUGCAAAGCAAUCCUCUCUUUACAUAGUUUCCCACACAGACUAGAUGUGAAAGCUGUUAGGAACAUAAAAGAAACUUGGGGUGCUUUGGGGCAAAGAGUAUCAUCUGCACAUCUGACUCCCACAAUUCCCUCAGAUUGCUGCUAAUCCAGGCAGCAGAUUGAGGAGUAACAGAAUUGGCAUGCAUGAUCAGAUAUCAUUUGACAGCAGCACAGAUCCACUGAACUCUGGGGUACCUUUCCCUUGACACAUUUUGGGGAGGGGAACCCUAGAAGCUCUACAAUGAAGCAAUACAUCUUUAGUAUGAGUAAGAGCGUCUGACUUUACCUGUUUUUAAAACAAUUGUUAAAAACCACCCUACAGAUACAAAUCAUUGUCAGUCUCAGGUUGGACAUAUGGUAUGAUUAUAUUAAUAUAUGUGUGUGUGUAUAAGGAUCCAUGGAUUGUUUUUAUUGUCAAUGUGCGCUGAUGCUAUUUCUUGUUUCUUUUCAUUAUAUUUGCAUUAAAUUAAGAAGCAAAAAAAUGAAAAGGUUUUUUUUAAAAAAACACACCUCACGAUUAGGAGGCACAUAGGUUGCCCAAUAAGGUAUUGAGGAUGCACAUUCUGUGUAAAAUUCCUCAAAUUAUUCUAAGACUGCAGGCAACCCCUCUAGGAAGCCUUUUAGCUACAGGGACACUCAUUGCCAAAGUGAAAGCUCUCUAGACAGUGCUGCUGGGAAAAUGAUGAUGAUAGACUGCCUUCAAGUCAAUUCCAACUUAUGGCGGCCCUACGAAUAGGGUUUUCAUGGUAAGCGGUAUUCAGAGGGGGUUUACCAUUGCCUUCCUCUGAGGUGGAGAGGCAGUGACUGGCCCAAGGUCACCCAGUGAGCUUCAUGGCUGUGUGGGGAUUUGAACACUGGUGUCAGCAUAGCCAAGGGUGACAUUAAAGCCAUCACUAAGUAAGCUGCUGUAUGGAUGCAAUUUUACUGUCAGAUUUAUCAGAGUGAUGUUUACCAGAGUAAUUGACCUGAUUAAAAAAAAUGCCUAUUUUGUUUUGAAGUCAUGCUGUGUGCUUGUGUUUUACAUGAAAAAACUUGUAGCUAAAUAAAAAAUAAUUCUGCAUUUCAAAA